AUGCCCGCAGCACCCGACGCGGAGAUUGGUGAAAAUGCAUCGCAAACCCGGGCUGAGGCUCCUAUCCCCAUGCUACCCGGGUCAGCUGUCAGCUCAUGCACGGGUGUACGACCGCGGGGAACGAACAGUAGGAUCGCCGACCAUCAUCAUGACCAGCACCACCACCAGCACCACCACCAGCACACCUCGUCUAACUGGUUCCCACCCUUACCUCUGCCCUCGUGGUCCAUCCUACUGGCAAGGAUCUACGAACUCAGAUGCAUCUCGCUCGCUAUCGUGGCUGAUUGGACCCUUCGAGCGCCGCAGAGAAGAACUGCGAAAUCUCAUAGGAAGAAUAUGCCUACAGGCGCCUCGAUCGUGUCUCAUCAAAAGCCACAAAGUGAUCAAUCGCCCUUCGCCCAGCCUCUCUCCUCCGUGUCUAAGCGAGAGAGAGAUGACAGGAUUACAACGUACGCCCUGGACAUGUGCCAAGCCCUGCGCCAACAGCCAACAAGCACAGAACAACCGUCCAUACACAGCGACGCAAAAGAAUGUAGAGAAAGUCGACCAGACUCUCGGGACGACCACCAGUUAAUUACUUUACUGUUACCUCCUCCCACUGCCGGCUGCCUAACCAAGAAGGCCAAGGAAGGGGGGGAAAACGAUGGGGAAGUUCAGUUCUCCAUCCCGAGCGCUCACCUGAAUAUUGCUGCGGAAAUCGUCGCGUGGAAAGUGUUAAAGGAGGAGGGAGGAGGAGACAAGGCCGAGUUUCGACGACAACGACCCAGAUGUCCCGUCUUCCAGAAGCUCUACCUGCCUGCCUUGCAUCCCCAGCCCCUGGCAUGGCAACCUACCCCCGUCUGA